CACCACAUCGCGACAGGAGAUGACUUUGAGCACGCAACAACCGGGACUCUUGAAUCUUAUCACUGGGCCGGCUUGGUUGGGGCUGCCCCAGCCCACAAGUGGAUUUUGGGGGGAGCUCAAUUACCCUUUAAAAAAAGAAGGAAAGAUUCCUCACCGCUGCCUCAUGGGUACAUCUUCGGAACUGAUAGCUGCAGUUGCCAUUGUCUUCUCUGUCGUGACUCAACAAUAGGCCCACUGAUGUGCAGUAUGUGGUUAAAACUCUGUAUGGGCUGCAUUAUUUCAGCCUCCAGGUGGUGGCUCAGCCCACCUGGAUGACCGUCCUUCACAAAACAAUCUCCUCCUCCUUGGGCAGCCCACUAACUGCAAAGAGGCACCCUCAGAACAUGGCCUAGCUCCUCAAGAAACAACAGAUUCACGCGGACCCACGGAAAUGCCACCAAAACAACCCCCCCAGCGUGGCCCUACACCACAGGUGGCAUACGGAUAUGUCCCACAUGCCCCAGGAGCUCAGCCCGUUCACGGUCAGGCGCUUCAGGGCGUCGUGUGGAUGCCAGCUCCAAUUCCGCCCCCCAACUGCCCCCCGGGAUUAGAAUAUUUAAGCCAGAUUGAUCAGAUGAUAAUUCAGCAAAAGAUUGAGCUUGUGGAAAUCAUAAUUGGCUUUGAAACCAGCAACAGGUAUGAAGUGAAAAAUGCUUGGGGGCAAAGGAUCUACUUUGCAGCCGAGGAUACCGACUGCUGCACACGACUCUGCUGUGGAAUGGAUCGGCCAUUUACCAUUAAAAUCAUGGACAACGUGGGCCAGGAAGUGAUUGAGCUCCAGCGACCUCUCCGGUGCUCCAGUUGCUGUUUUCCGUGCUGCUUGCAAGAGCUUGAAGUCCAUGCCCCUCCAGGCACGCCCGUUGGGUAUAUUAAGCAGACGUGGGAUCCCUGCCUGCCUAAGUUCACUAUCCAAAAUGAACUCCAACAGGAUGUCCUUAAAAUCACUGGUCCCUGUAUAGCGUGCAGCUUUUGUGAAGAUGUUCAUUUUGAGGUGCUGUCGCUGGAUGAACAGACGGCUGUUGGGAGGAUUUCUAAGCACUGGUCUGGCAUUGUGAAAGAGCUCUUCACCGACACUGACAACUUUGGAGUCCAGUUCCCGUUGGACCUUGAUGUUAAAAUCAAAGCUGUCCUGCUGGGAGCCUGCUUCCUGGUGGAUUUCAUGUUCUUUGAAGCUGGAGGAGGAGGCAGCCAGCGAAUGGGGGUCUGGGGUUAGGUCUCGCUGCUGCCUUAUAAAUACUUUGGAGAAAGCC